CAUCAUAAUCAUAAUCAUAAUCAUCAUCAUCAUCUACGUCAUAAUCAUUUACAUUAUACAAAUCAUAUUACAAGUAAUAUUAUUGAUUGUAAUUGUUUAUCACCAUCAACAACAACAACAACAACGACAAUGACAACGGAAAUGACAGCUGCAUCAAUAGCAAUUGAAUCAAUGAUGGAAAGUGAUCUAAUAUUACAAGCAUUAAAUGGAUUUUUAUUAAUACUUACAUGUGAUGGUGAAGUAUUCUAUACAUCCAAUACGGUUGAAACUUAUCUUGGUUUUCAUCAGUCGGAUAUAUGUCAUCAAAGUGUUUAUGAAUUAGUACAUUCAGAAGAUCGUGAAGAAUUACAACGUCAUUUAAUGUGGAAUUCAAAUCUACCAACAGAUCGAUCAACAUUAAAAUUAACUGAAAUUUUAUUAACAGAAAAUUGUCAUCUUCUUGAACGUAAUUUUACUGUAAGAUUCCGUUGUUUAUUGGAUAAUACUUCUGGAUUUUUGCGAUUGGAUGUACGUGGCCGAAUCAAAAUAUUACAUGGACAAAAUCAUAAAAGUGAAGAACCACCAAUGGCAUUAUUUGCUGUUUGUACACCAUUUGGUCCACCAUCAUUAUUAGAAAUGCCAGCCAAUGAAAAAGCAUCAUUUAAAUCUAAACAUAAACUUGAUUUUUCAAUGGUUUCAAUGGAACCAAGAGGUCGUUCAUUACUUGGUUAUAAUGAAUCGGAUUUAGCUAAUCGUGGUGGUUAUGAUCUUAUACAUCAGGAUGAUUUAUUCUAUGUGGCAAGCGCUCAUCAAGAAUUGCUCAAAACUGGAGCUUCAGUAUUGAUCGCAUAUCGAUUAGUAAGUAAAGAUUGUCUAAAAUGGCAAUGGCUUCAAACUAGUGCACGUUUAGUGUACAAAAAUAGUAAACCUGAUUUUAUACUUUGUACACAUCGUCCAUUAAUGGAAGAAGAAGGUAGAGAUCUAUUAAGUAAACGAACCAUGGAUUUUAAGGUAACCUAUUUGGAUGGUGGACUUGGUGCUAUUACUGUCAAUCGAAAUAGUAAUGGUGGAUCACAACAAAAUUCAUGUAAUUUUCUUAAUGAUUCUUAUUCACAAUCAUCAUCAUCGGGUAAUACACCGACUACAACCAAAACAACAACUAAUGAUUGUUCAACUGUAAAACAAUCUAAAUCAAUAAAAUCUGAACGAUCAACAUCUCGAUCAUCAUCAAGAAAUACAAAUAGUGUUAACAGUGUUUGUGAUGUUAAUGGUAAUGGAAAUAGUAAUAAUGGUAGUCAUUCAAUAAAUAAAUGUAAUAAUGACAUUAAUACAAAUACAAACAAAUUACGAUAUCAGGCUGCUGAUUCGACUAGUGGAAGCAGUCAUAGUGAUAGCCAAAGCCAAAGUCAUAAUCAACGAAAUACAUCUCGAUCGAACAAUAAUAAUACACAAUCAUAUAUGACAACAACAACAACAACAACAAAGAAAUCAUCAAAAUCUUCAUCACUUAAAUCGGGAGCAUCAUCAUCAUCAUCAUCAUCAGCCAAAAAGAAUAAAUCAUCAGCCGCCAAUAUAUCAUCAUGUAUGUCUCGUUAUGAAUCACCUAAUUCAUUUUCAAUGACAUCGAAUCAUACAAAUAGUAUUAGUAGUCAACAUUAUCUUUCAACUCCACCAUUAGAAACAAAUAAUUCGUUUGAUCGAAACAUUCAACAUAAUCUUAAAAUAACCGGUGAUCGUGAAAUACAUUUUGAUUCAGCAAUUACAUCCAUUAAUCAUUCAAAUAGUACAACUAGUCCAGAAAUAUCGGAUUUAUCAAGUGCAAAUAUUCGAUCAACAACAUCAAAUUAUACUAAUUCAAGUGGUAGCUGGUCAUCUGCUAUUCAUCAUCAUAGUAAUCCAUAUUCAGCAUUGCUUGAUGAAUCAGGAAGUUUACAUUUAGCAAGUGAAGCACCAUCACAUUCAAUGUUUGGACAUCAACAUACGGCUACAUCGGCAUAUCAUCAUCAUUCUGGUCAUCCACAUUCUUUAUCUAUUGGUGGAUUAGAUUGUGGUACUGCAGCAGCUGCAGCGGCUGUUGCUGCAGCUGCAUAUAAUGCUGCAUAUCAUCAUCCAGCAACUGCAUCAACACAUCAGCCAUAUAGUCAUCAUCAAACUAUUACAUCGCAUAAUAAUGAUUCUUUAACACAAUCAUCACCACCACCACCAUUACAUCAACAUCGUCAACAAACACAUCAUCCAGAAGCUAUUGUUCACGAUUCAAUCGAUACAGAUUCAUCACAGCCAAAUUAUUCUGGUAGUGUUUCUUCAGCAACGAAUAUUGUUUUACCAUCAUCAGAAUCACCAAGUUCAACCGAUGUUUCAGUUUCGGUGACUACAUCGAAUGAUAUUGAACAUAAUAAUCUUUUAAGUCGUGCACCAACUACAUCAUUUUUCAGUGCUGAAAAUCUACUCAAUUAUUCUUCAGCCACACGACCACAUAAUCAAACAAAUAGUUAUGGAGCUGCAAAUACAUGUUCAUCAACUUCCGAUACAACAGGCAAUGAUAUUUAUGCUGUAGCUGCAGCUGCUGCUAUUCAUCAUGGACAACGUCAUGGCCAAUAUGUUAUGGGUGGACAUAGUGCAAAUAGUCAUCAUCCAUAUACUCAUCAUCAUUAUGGUACGGCAGCUAGCACUUAUCAUCAUCAAUUGCAUCAAAAUUCUGGUAUUGCUACUUCAACUCAUCCACACCAUACAUCAUAUAAUCAUGAUAAUUUUAAUCAUGAUGAUAAUGGUUCAACAAAUCUCAGUGGUGGAUAUCUUAGAAAUCCAGUGACUGGCCUAAUGUAUUCGGAAACGUUUUCAGGUUUUCAUGAUUCAAACAGUAGCACAACAAAUGCAGCAACAAAUCCAUAUCGAUUAAGUAGCACUUAUAACUAUGGUCAUCAUCAUCAUCAAAAUAUGCCAUCAUUAAACGGUAGUGAAACAUAUUCAAAUCAUCAUCGUAAUCAUCAUCAUCAUACAUCAACAUCAUCAUUGUCCAAUGGAUCUGAACAUCCAAAUUCAACAAAUACAUUUAGUUCGGUUUAUGGAUCUCAUACACAUCCACAUCUUCAUGCAUUUGCCGCACAUACAAGUUUAGCAGCAGCAGCAGCGGCAAACUGUCCAACAAAUGACCUUAAUUCUCAUCAAACAUUUUUUAAUGCAGCUUCUGCUUUAGAUCAUCAUUCAGGUCAUCAUCAUCAUCAACAUCCACAUCAAACGACUGAUGCAUUUGCUGGUAAUUUUAAUAUGCAUGUACCUCUUUGGAAUGGUCUUGGUAUGUUAUCAUCGGCAUCAACAUCAGCUACAAAUAAUCAUACACCAAUUGUAACCGAUUUUUAUAAUGGAAGUUCAUUUUCAUCAUUACAAAAACAAACAUCUUUAAAUCAUGAAAAAUUGGAAGCAGAUGAUGAUGAUGAUGAUCAUCAUCAUCAUACACCACAACAACAUCAUGAACAACAACAACAACAACAAUUAAUUGGAAAUAAAACUGAUCAAUAUUUUAAGAAACGAAAAUUGAAACAUUGCAAUACAAAUUCACUUUCGAUUUCAUUAAAUAAUUCAGAUGUACAAACAUCAUCAUCAACAACAAAUGUUGUACAUUUAAAUCAUAAUUCGAUGAUAAGUGCUGAUACACCUCCUGCUUCCUCUUCAUCGUCUUCUUCAAGUUCAUCAACAACAUUGAUUGAUGAAUAUAAUAAUCUAAAUAAUAAUAAUAAUAAUGAUGAUCGUAAACAGCUUAGAUCAAAUGAUUUAAUUAUUGAACAUAAUAAUAAUAAUAAUGAUAAUAAUAAUAGUCAACCGAAUCCAUUGCUUUGGAAUUCAUUGAUGGCUUCCACAACAAAUUCUUUGACAACCAUGAGAACAGUAUCAACACCGACACCGACAACAACAACAACAACAACAUUAGAUUCAAAUAAUAAUAAAUCAAUUACAUCGGAUAUUGGGCCAAUAACACAAACAUUAACACAAACAAGAUCAACACAUUUACAAAAUAAUAAUCAACAAUUAAUACAAAAUGAAUGUUUUUUAUCACCAUCAUCAACAACAUCAUCAACAUCAUCAUUAUCAUUAAUAGCAGCCAAUUCUAUUGGUAUUUGUAAUCAUAUUGAAUCAUCAUCAUCAUCAUCAACAACACCGUCUUCAGCAUCUUGUUCAUCUAAUAUAAUUCAUGAUCAAAAUGUAUCGGCAACAUCAACAACAUCGACAUCAACAUCAACAACAACAACCACAGCAUUAACAAUGUCGACAAUAGCAUCAUUGAUUGAUGCUACAAAUACAUCGAAUAUUUUAUCAUUGAAU